UUGCCUGGAAAGAGCACAGCUUGUCUCUCCAGUCGCAGGAGACCAAAGGAUCCGUAAAGGACACGGGAGGAAAUGGGCUUCUUCCCCAGCUUUUCACUAGAGACAUGGGUUUUGAUUCUUGCCUGUCUUGGUGUGUUUGUCCUAUAUGGGAUCUGGCCAUACGGUUUCUUUAAGAAGUUGGGGAUUCCUGGGCCGCGGCCUCUGCCUUUCAUUGGGACGUUUCAUGAAUACCGGAAAGGGAUUUUUCAGUUUGAUCAGGAAUGUUUUCUGAAGUAUGGUAAGAUUUGGGGAAUAUUUGAUGGCCGGCAGCCAGUGAUGGCUAUUCUGGAUCCCGACCUCAUCAAAAUCAUCCUGGUAAAAGAAUGCUACACCUAUUUCACCAACCGCCGGGACUUUGGCUUGAAUGGAGAACUGGACACUUCCAUAGUAAUAGUCGCUGACGAGAAAUGGAAGAGGAUCCGUGCCGUCCUCUCUCCCACCUUCACUAGCGGAAGACUAAAGGAGAUGUUUCCCAUCAUCAACCAUUACGGAGAGGUGCUGGUGAGACAUGUUGAAAAGAAGGCAGACAGUGAAGAAUCCAUAGACAUCAAAGACAUCUUCGGGGCCUACAGUAUGGAUGUCGUAGCCAGCACUGCCUUCAGCAUCAACGUAGAUUCCAUGAACAACCCCAACGAUCCCUUCACCCUGCACGUCAAGAAGUUACUCGAGUUCAGCUUCUUACACCCACUGAUAAUCCUGAUAGUCCUCUUCCCGUUCCUUACACCACUGCUGGAAAAGAUAAGAGUCAGUUUGAUGCCAGCCUCUUUCAUCAACUUCUUCGUCGACGUGGUCAAGAAAAUCAAGAACGAUCGGCAGAAGAACGAUCACCAGAACCGGGUUGACUUUAUGCAGCUAAUGAUAGACUCCCAGGUUUCCAAUGAUGCGUCUGAAGAGGCAAAGUCCUAUAAAGCUCUGAGUGACAAGGAGAUAAUAACACAGGCCACCGUCUUCAUUUUUGCUGGGUACGAGACCACCAGCUCCACCCUUAGCUUCCUAUCGUACUGCCUGGCCACCCACCCAGAUGUUCAGCAGAGGCUACAAGAAGAGAUUGAUGACGCUCUCCCUGGCCAGGCUCCUCCCACCUACGAUGCAGUCCUUCAGAUGGAGUAUCUCGACAUGGUGGUGAAUGAAACCCUCCGGCUGUACCCGCCAGGAGGACGGAUCGAGAGGGUUUGCAAAAAAACCAUAGAGAUUAACGGAGUGGUUAUUCCAGAAGGAACGGUGAUCGUGAUCCCAGCUUCCGUUCUGCACCUCAUCCCGGAAUAUUGGCCGGAACCAGAAGAGUACCGACCUGAGAGAAACUGCAUUGGGAUGCGCUUUGCCCUCCUGGUCUUGAAAGUCGCUGUGGUUGCUCUGUUACAAAAAUUUUCCUUCCGAACCUGCAAAGAGACACCGAUCCCCCUGGAACUGGACACCUUAGGCUUCUUGAGACCCAAGAAGCCCAUCAAGCUGAAGAUGGUCCCCAGAGCCCAUGCUGAACCCGAGGAAUAAAAGAACCGGCGGCUAUGAAAAGACUGGCACCAGCUCUUUCCUCCCGCGCCGCUUUCAAAGACACGUUUACUCCACAUCCAGGUGGAAUUCAUAAAUUGCCUCCCACACCGAAAGACUCCUUAUUUUCUUCUUUCCUCAACCAAAGCUGGUUCAAACCAAGCCAGGACAAUUCUUUUGUACAGAGUUGGAGGUCUAGGAGGCAGGCAUAACUCAAUCAAUCAAUCAAUCAAUCAAUCAAUAAACCUUUAAUAGCAUGGCAGGCAUAACUCAACAGAGUGGUUCGUUGGAGAAAAGUAGACUGCAGGAGGUCAUUGUCAGAUCUCUGGUCAAGAGACUCCCAACAACACUCUCUUUGGCAGCGAUUUGUUUAUUGAGAAUUCAACAUGAUCCAGGUUAGAACCAGUACCGUGUCAGAACUGAGGUUUUUGGCGGUAACCUCUACAGAUAUAGGCAAUUCAAAUGUCCCCCCCCCCAGGUUCAUCCAAUCAUCUCAUUCAGCCGUCUCAUCUAAACUCUUGGCAUCUACACCCCCCCCCCAUAAGUUCCCAGUCCUGUUAUCUAAGACAGUGAGGCUAGCGCGGAGUUAGCUUCAAGGUUGUCUCCAUGGAGAGACUUGUCUUGGGAAGAGUUAGGAUAGGCACUACAAUGAUGCUACUCUCAUAAUCACACACACACACACACACACACACCCCUUAGGAAUUUCCCUCCCCCAUAAUUAUGGCAAAUGAGACAAACUUGACACUCAUUGGGGAACCUUUACCUCGGUGUAAUGAUUUCCAACUUAGCCAUCUUGCUACGAAUCUCCAACUCCAAAAACUACACGUUAAGUAUAUUAAGCCCAUUUGAACAGAUCCUAAAGAAAGUUGAUGAAUUUAAAGGGGGUAUUAUUAGGAUGAUGUAUGAAAUACUGAUUGACAGCUUCUCUGUUGGUUUAACUGGUUUUCAGAAAAGAUGGCAGCCAGAUUGUAAUCUAUCUUUUUUGGGAUAAGACUUGGAGUAGCCCCCUAUGCUAUCUCUGGUUCGACAAAGUUUGGAAUAUUUAUGUAAUGGAAAAGAUCACAGAUCGUUUAUUACAAUCCAAACUCUUCCCUAGGCAGUCUGAUUUCACUGAGAAAUGGUUUCCCAUUCUGUAUUUUAUGUCAUCCCAAAACAUAGUUCCAGACAAAAUUAAGUCUCUUGAAUUAUUAUUUCAAUCUCUCUUUGUUAUAAGUCACUGAGAGGUUAUCGUUCUUGAUACUUUGCAUUACUUUGUCUAACGAUGUUGUGUUAUAUGAGCCUGCUUCGGCGGGGGCCGGG